UGAACCUAAUACAAUAUAUAAAUGAAUUGAAUUACUUUGUGUGCUUAUUUCAAUCCUAAAAGGACAACUUUAUAAACAUUUUGUGAUUGUUGUGGUUUUGUUUUGAAAUCUCUUUUUUGCCCGGAAACUAUUGUUGUUUUUCCGUUGCUAAACUGAGCAAAAGGAGGAAGCUGGAGAGGUUUGACAGUUUGCUGCAAAGGAAAGCACAUGGGAAGAUGAGCGUCCCGGACUACAUGCAGUGUGCAGAGGACCACCAGUCAGUGCUGGUGGUGGUCCAGCCAGUGGGCACGGUCCCCGAGGACCAGUUCUUCAGGAUCUACCAGCGCAUCGCCAGCGUGAGCCAAGUGAGCAUCAGGGACUCUCAGCGCCUCCUCUACAUCCGCUACCGCCACCACUACCUGCCCGAAAACAACGAGUGGGGCGACUUCCAGACGCACCGCAAGGUGGUGGGCCUGGUGGCCGUCACCACCUGUGCCUCGGCCAAGGACUGGCCCCUGACGUCGGAGCACUUCCACGGCCAGAAGGAGAUCUACGGCUCCACUCUGUACGACUCCAGGCUGCUGGUGUUCGGGCUGCAGGGGGAGAUUGCGGAGCAGCAGAGGACGGACGUGGCCUUCUACCCCGGCUUUGAAGACUGCUCCGACGUGGAGAAGAGAGUGGAGGACUUUGUGCAGUCCAUAUUUAUCGUGCUGGAGUCCAAGCGGCUUGACCGAGCCACAGACAAGUCCGGUGACAAGAUCCCUCUGCUUUGUGUGCCCUUCGAGAAGAAGGACUUUGUAGGUUUGGACACUGACAGCAGGCACUACAAGAAGCGCUGCCAGGGCCGCACCAGGAAGCACGUGGGCGACUUGUGUCUGCAAGCGGGCAUGUUGCAGGACGCCCUGGUCCACUACCACAUGGCGGUGGAGCUGCUGCGGGCCGUCAACGACUUCCUGUGGCUGGGCGCCGCCCUGGAGGGUCUGUGCUCCGCCUCCGUCAUCUUCCACUACCCCGGAGGCACGGCGGGCAAGACCGUCUUGCUGGCGCACAAGACCAGUGUCUCCCAGGCGGCAGAUGCCGGGAAACGCCACCGACCAGGGGCUCAGGAGGUCCUCAUUGACCCAGGCGCCCUCACGGCCAACGGCAUCAGCGCCGACACCAGCGCCGAGAUUGGACGAGCGAAGAACUGCCUGAGCCCCGAGGAUAUCAUCGAGAAAUACAAAGAGGCCAUCUCAUAUUACGGAAAGUACAAGAACGCAGGCGUCAUCGAGCUGGAGGCCUGCGUGAAGGCCGUGCGGGUGCUGGCCAUUCAGAAGAGGGCCAGAGAGGCCUCGGAGUUCCUGCAGAAUGCUGUUUACAUCAACCUGGGACAGCUGUCCGAGGAGGAGAAGAUCCAGCGCUACAGCAUCUUGUCUGAGCUCUACCAGCUGAUCGGCUUUCGCCGCAAGUCGGCCUUCUUCAAGCGCGUGGCGGCCAUGCAGUGUGUGGCGCCCACCAUCCCUGAGCCUGGCUGGAGGGCCUGUUACAAGCUGCUGCUAGAGACGCUGCCUGGCUACAGUCUCUCCCUCGACCCCAAGGACUUCAGCAAAGGCACUCACCGAGGCUGGGCUGCCGUUCAAAUGCGUCUCCUGCACGAGCUGGUGUAUGCCUCCCGCCGCAUGGGCAACCCCGGCCUCUCCGUACGCCACCUGUCCUUCCUGCUGCAGACCAUGUUGGACUUCCUGUCCGAUCAAGAGAAGAAAGAAGUGACCCAGAGUCUGGAGAACUACACCUCCAAGUGCCCAGGUGGAAUGGAGGUCAUCACCUUACCUGAUGGCCUGAAGCUGCCCGCCGUGCCCUUUACCAAGCUCCCCAUUGUACGGUCAGUGAAGCUCCUCAACCUCCCCGUCAGCCUGCGUCCUCACAAGCUGAAAGGCCUGCUGAGUCCCAACGUGUCCACUGCCAGUCCCUUCAUCUACUCGCCCAUCGUCAUGCACAACAGAGGAGAGGAGCGCUGCAAGAAGAUCGACUUCCAGUGGGUUCAAGGAGAUGUUUGUGAGGUGCAGCUCAUGGUCUACAACCCCAUGCCUUAUGAGCUUCGAGUGGAGAAUGUGGGUUUAAUGACCUCCGGGGUGGAGUUUGAGUCCCUCCCCGCCGCCCUGUCGCUGCCCGCAGAGUCUGGGCUCUACCCCGUCACCCUGGUGGGCGUGCCAAGAACCGCUGGCAACAUCACCGUCAACGGAUACCACACCUCAGUGUUUGGUGUGACCAGCGACUGCCUGCUGGAGGGUCUACCCGGCGUGAAAACAGACGGGUGCCUGCUGGAGGUGGUUCCUUCGCUUCCUCGUCUGCAGCUCAGUACAUCACUGCCACGGACGGCACACACACCCCCGCCCAUGUCCAAGGAGGAGCUGUCCAGCACAGUCUCUGUCCAGCUCUUCAACGGCGAGAGCCAGCAGAUGACCAUCACCUUGGAGAAUAUCGGCUCGGAGGAUAUCGAGAGCCUGGAGCUCAGCUCCAAGAUUGUUAGCACCAAAGAGAAAGUGUUUGGGGACUUCCUGCGCUGGAGUCUGGAGGACGCCUUCUCUCACAUGCCCCUCAAGCCCGGCCAAGCGGUCUCGCUGGUGGUGGACAUUCAUGUCAAACUGGACUUCUCGGGCCAGGAGAGUCUGUUGCAGGACCUCAACGACGAUGGAAUCAGUGUGACAGGCCUGCCAAUCUCCAGUCCUUUGCGCCAGGUCCUCAAGCCCAGGCCUGAAAGCAAGUCUGUCAGCGGCGAGUCGGGAAAGGGGGAGUACAGUCAUGUGAAGACCUUAGAGGCGGUCCUUAACUUCAAGUACUCAGGAGGAGCAGGCAAAGUGGAGGGCUACUACAGGGAGCUGUCUGUGGGGGUCCACGUGGAUGUGGAGCCCUCAGUGUUCUUCACCAGAGUCAGCACCCUCCCCGCUACCAGCACCCGUCAGUGUCACCUGCUGCUGGACAUCUUCAACCCCACAGAGCACGAGCUCACCGUCAGUGCCAAGAACAACCAGGACCUGGUUCUUCAUGCCAGCGAGUGCCAAAGGAUGGCCAUCCAGGUGGACAAGUUUGACUUUGAGAGCCUGCCCCUCCACGAGCACGCCACUAACCCCAAGCAGCUGGAGGAGGAGCGGCAGCACGCUCGAGGCUGUCAGAUCAACAGCAAGCUGGGCAUCUGCUGGAGCAUCCCUUCCCUGCGGCGUGGCGGCGAGGCCAGCGUGGAGGGCGUCCUCAACCAGCUGGUCCUGGAGCACCUGCAGCUGGCGCCCCUGCAGUGGGACGUGCUGGUCAACGGGAAUCCGUGCGACUGCGACGUGAUGGCCGACUGUUGCGUGGGCGACGCCGUGUCCUUGGAGAUCAAACUGACCAACCUGAGCAAGAACUCUGUGGGACCUCUGGCGCUGACCGUGGUGCCGUACCAGGACUACCAGAACGGGGUGCAGAACUACGACCUUGGCGAGGCCGUGACCUUCAUCGGCUCCAACACCUUCUACAUCGACACGGUGAAGCCCAGAGACAAGAAGGUGUGCACAGGUGCGCUGCUCUUCCUCUACACGGGACAUUUCUACCUCAACAUCAAGUUCCAGGACGACAGCGCCGGGCGAGAACUUCCUCUAGCGUGGUUCACUCUGCCCAGCGUCCACAUCAGAACUCUUCUUCUACCUGCAGCUUAGACUGACCUGCACCUCUCAGUAACAUCUGGACAAGACUACUCUCAGUAACAUCUGGAGAAGACUACUGUCACUAACAUCUGGAUCAGACUACUGUCAGUAACAUCUGGAUCAGACUACUGUCAAUAACAUCUGGAUCAGACUACUGUCAGUAACAUCUGGAUCAGACUACUGUAAGUAAGUUAUGGAUAAUAAAUACUCCCCUUGACUGCUGUAAGUAACAUCUGGAUAAUACUACUGUAAGUAACUUAUGGAUAAUAAAUACUCUCCUAGACUGCUGUAA